ACACAAGCGAACCACUAAACCAGAAUAACCACAUGCAUUUUUACAGUAGACCCUCAUUCUCUGCAACUGUGUGGGAAGCCUUUCGCGUUUGUUGCCAUGACGGUGCCUGAGUCAGUGCGCGGGUUAAAACAAAACCCAUGGAGGGGGAGAGAGAAAGAAAGACGGAGAGUGAGAGGGAUAUUUUCUCACGCGGUGCAUUACAAUCCCUUUUGUCAGCGUAUGCUGAUCUUCUUGGCAAAAAAGCUAGAAUCACGGGAGCAACCAGCGCGAGCUGAGAUGCCGGUCCAUGUCGUUUGAACGGGCUCAAUCUCUCCCCGGACGCAUAAAAUGUGACGGGGACACAGAAAACGCUACUACACCUGCUGCAGCCUCGAACGAAUGGGCGUUAGAAACGGGGAACGACAGGGGUCUCUUUUUCACUUUUCCUUUGCACUUCAAAUGGCGUUGCCGGUAAAUCCCAUGUGAAGCUGAUUUCUGGGAAUAGACUAACUCUUUGGAAGGUUAUUGGGUGAAUAGAAAACAAACAACAAUGCCCCGCCGACGCGCGGUGCAUUCCCGGUGCUGCUUCUUCUUCACUUGGAGACACUGUAUUUCCCGGUUCAUUCCCGUUUUUUGAGGUUGUCAGCAGUAGCCGGUGAGCGGAGCUGCUGCCUUCGUGUCACCGGUGUCUCGAGCUGGUCGGCUUCCUACAGCCUGCCCCAGGCGUGGAUAUGACUUCCUGGAUACGUAAAUACUGUAACUCGAUUCUACAUCGCGUGCUGUUCUGCGUGAUAUUGGCCGCCAACAUCACCAGCGGGAGAUCUAAUUCCGGUGUGAGUGUGUGUUCGUCUCCUCCUGUCUUGUCGUGUUCAGAGUGCCUCCAGCGCGGGCCGUUAUGUUCCUGGUGCUUUCAGGAGGGUUUCCUGGACGGAGCGGUGGGAGUGCGCUGUGGCCUGGCAGGAACCCUGGCCAUGAGGGGGUGUGGCCCGGAGUUCAUAGAGCAUCCGGAGGUCACGGUGGAGGUCAACGCAGCGACCGGAAGAACUCAGGUGUCCCCGGCCGAGGUGACGGUCACGGUCAGACCAGGGUCCGAGGCCAGGGUUACGGUGGCAGUCCGGCAGUUAGAGAGAUAUCCAGUAGACCUGUACUACCUGGUGGACGUGUCGGCAUCCAUGCAGGAAAACCUGGACCAGUUGAAGACAGUGGGCGUGGCCUUGUCUCAUCGUAUGGGCGAGUAUUCCAGUGACCUGCGGCUGGGAUUCGGCUCGUUCGUUGACAAACCUGUCUCUCCCUACAUCAACGUACACCCCUCCAAGAUAAACAACCCAUGCAGUGACUACGAGGUGAAGUGUCGCCCGGCCCAUGGCUUCCACCAUGUUCUUAGUAUGACGGCGAACAUGUCCGAGUUUACGCGUGUGAUUAAGAGGCAGAGGAUAUCUGGCAACAUGGACACACCUGAGGGAGGGCUGGACGCUAUGCUGCAAGCUACUGUCUGCCAGGAUGUGGUGGGUUGGCGCCGGGAGGCCAAGCGUCUGUUGUUGCUGAUGACGGACCAGCCUUCUCACCUGGCCCUGGACGGCAGACUGGCCGGCAUAGUCAGACCCCACGACGGCCUCUGUCACAUGGAGAACAACGUGUACACGGAGAGCACUUCAAUGGACCACCCCAGUUUGGGCCAAUUGGCCGAGAAGCUUCUGGAGAACCAUAUCUACUCUCUCUUUGCUGUGGAACAGCAACAGUAUCAGUGGUAUGAGGAGCUGAUCAGGUUGAUACCAGGCUCCAAUCUCUUGUUCCAGACACCUAACCUUAUAGACUUGGUGGUGGAUGCUUACACGAGGUUGCUGUCCGUCGUCCAGGUCUCAGUGUCAGUGGAGGACAGAGCCUUCAGGCAUUUCCUGGUCAGAGUCUCUCCUCUCUGUCCGGUAGGAUCUGUAUCCCACGACAACCACAGCUGCUCCAAUGUUCAGCCCAACCAGACGGUCUACUUCAACGUCGCUAUCGGCCUGCGCUCCUGCCCCGACGACGGCGAUGAAGACGACGCGGUCCUGGUCUUCGUCAGGCCCGUGGGUUACAACGAAUCGACCGUUGUCAAGGUUCGUUCGAGGUGUCGCUGUCACUGUGGACCGGAUCGGAGUUGCCACGACGACACAACCGAGCAGCAGUCAAAGUGUCAAGCCGACGCCGCUGACAGAAACCACAGCCAUAAAGACACGCUCCCAUCCGAGGGGCAGCUGCACUGUCGUCCAGACGGGUCGGGCGUGGAUUGUAGCGGUCGCGGAGAAUGUGUGUGUGGGAGGUGUGUGUGUGAGAGACACAGCCUGGGGACAACGUACGGAAGGUACUGUGAGAUGGACGAUUACUCCUGCCCCUACCAUCAAGGAAAGCUGUGUGGAGGCCGGGGUGUGUGUGUGCACAGCGAGUGUGUGUGUGAGGACGGCUGGACAGGGGAGAGCUGCGGGUGCCCGGUUUCCACAGCAACCUGCUCGCUUGACAAUGGAUUGCUUUGCAGCGGGCGUGGCCGGUGUGUGUGUGGCAAGUGCGAGUGCGACGACUACCGACACUCCGGAACAUUCUGCGAGUUAUGUCCCACCUGCCUCAGCUCCUGCCAGUCACACUGGAUGUGCAUAGACUGCCACUUGUCUCACGGUCUGUCUCAGAAUGCGGCGUGGCAGUGCAACCAUACCUGCACCCCAUUGGUCGGUUAUGUCAGUGAUGUCGCAGUUACAAUAGAUGGGGUGUGGAGACAGUGUGUUUACAUGAAAGACAACUGUCACUACCGCUUCCACACAGCAAAUACUCAGCUACACAUCAACACCCAGCCUGAGUGUGUGUCCAGUGGACGGUACAUGGGGACGUUCCUCAGUGUGUGUGUGCUGACUUUUCUCCCGGGCCUGGUGAUAUUGGUGGUGCUUGUGCUGGUGCUGCAGAGACGAGCUCUUCCACACAGUGGCGCCACCAACCGGCAAUUUAACUCCGCUGGCAAGGACAUAUAUAUCCCAACGACCAAUGAGAAGACAGUAUCCUACCGGAGAGACCACCCCCUAGGACCUGACCGGCCAAUGGAGAUGCAUAUCACCAUUCCUAAGAUGCCCCUGGGGGAACCCUGGCAGUGAGGGGUUGAGGGUCAGAUGAAUAUGACGGGUAUAGAAAAGCAUUUUCUGUUUUAUUUCUUUUUGUGACACAUCUCAUAGAGUACAUUUGUUUUACAUAUUUUUGGGCAUUUCUUCUGAUUUUAUUGAUAGGUGUGAGUGUGUGCUCAAACAGGGGUUAGACCACCUCACACUUACUCUGAAAUAUGAAACACUGGCACGGUAAUGUGAGUAUGAGGACCUCUCCAAGCACUAGUUCCAGGUUAGGGGAAGAAAACUGGACAGGGUACAAUUCCACACAGCCUUUUUUUAUGAUGUAAUUAUCGGUGGCUUUUUGGACUGGCAGCCAUUGAAAGGUACUCAGCGUUGGUUAUCAAUGUUUAUCAAUGGACAGCAAGCACAGAGAACACUACAACUUCACUGGAUCUCCCUCCAUCACUGCUCAACCUAUGCUAGCCUCCCACCUAGUGGACAGGCGUGAAGGACACACGGAUAGAUGGAAGACAGCGGACUAGCACCAGCAGUAAUGGGUAUAUGUGAAACUCCUUCGACCCAGUGCCACCGAAUCGACUUGAUUUCUUAAUUUUGUGUGCGUAUGACUAGAAUUUCACGGCGAUUGUCAGAUUCUCCGAUGUUUUAUACUGUACAGUUUGAAUCUCUUUAAUGUGAUAUGAAAUGCUUGUUUGUCAAAACCGGCAUACUUUAUGUGAAGAGGUAUAGUACAGAUUUGCACUAGCAUUGUUACUACUGUAGAAUUACAGUGUGGCAUCAGACUACUGAUCUUUAAUUGGUUCCUUAACUAUUGGGGCUGCUGCUGAUUGGUUCCUAAACUACUGAGGCUCUCGAUUGGCUCCUGAAUGUUCCUUAAUUCAUUUCUAAUACAUCUUGUCUGAAUAAAUUCCAGUAAACAAAACUA